GUGAUAUAAUGCCAGCUGAUUUCACACUGAGUGACAGGCAAAAAGAUAGUAAUUCAAAAGGUUUCCAUUGAUAAUAACACUUUUAUUUAAUAAAUUUCUUUCUUCAUCAUUUAAUUUCGAGUUAAAAAUGUCUAAUUCGUAUCCUGUGAAUACCGGAUCAUCGGUUAUCGGUCUUUGCUUUGAUGAUGGUGUGGUUAUAGCCGCUGAUACCUUAGUUUCUUAUGGUAAAAUGGCUCGAUUCUUUGAUUGUUCUCGUUUAUAUAAGGUUAACCAGACGACUAUUGCUGGAUGUGGUGGUGACUAUGCUGAUUACCAAUUCCUUCAUAAUUUGAUUGAACAAAAACAAAUUGAUAGAGAAGCGAACGAGCAAGGAGUUGAUUUAUCUCCGCGUGCUCUUCAUUCCUGGUUAACUAGAGUUCAGUAUAAUCGUCGAAGUAAAUUUGAACCUCUUUGGACAUCUUGGGUUGUCGGUGGUAUUGAUGAAGGUAAACCAUUUCUUGGGUUUGUUGAUAAGUUGGGUACUGCUUAUAAGGAUUCAAUUAUUGCAACUGGUUUUGGUACUUAUAUGGCUGUUCCUGUUAUGAGAAAAUUUUAUGAUGAUAAAAAUGGUCGAAUUACAAGAGACGAGGCCAUAGGUUUGAUGAAGAAAUGCAUCGGUUUAUUGUUUGCCCGAGACUGCAGUGCUCACAACAUGUACGAAAUUGCUGUUGUAGACGCUAACGGUGCUGAGAUACUUGGACCACUUCGUGCUACACAUGACUGGUCUAAUGUUAAAGAACAUAGAACUUCUUAAUAAUUUUUUCUAAUUUCUAAAUAAAUAUGAAAGCUCAUAAUCCAGCUUUUAAAUCGUGUCUCGGUUAAA